AUGCUCAUCGUGAGCAGCCAGAACCCCGCCGUGGCAGCCAGGCUCAUCCACCACUCCCGCCAAGGCCACCAACAACACCCAGAAUACGUCUUCGUCCACUUCUCCCAGCCAAUCCCCAAGAUCACCAGCGUGCGCUCCCUCGCCGACGAGGCCUCGUCCUCCCCCAUCCCCCUCUCCCCCCAAGCACCGACGCCGGAACAGUCCACCGCCGUGCAGGACCUCGCAUCGUUCUACAGCGACUACAUCGCCUCCAUCAACACCCUCACCAUGGACCGGCACUUCCCCCGGUCCUGCCAGCCCCGGCUCACGCACAACGACCGGGCCCUCGACAUCCCCAGCUACAUCGCCCUCAUCGAGUCCUCGUUCGGGGACAUCCGCGGCCUGCGCUUCAACGUCGUCGACCUCGUCGCCGACGAGGGAAAACAGCAGGUCGCCUCGCGGAUCGAGUUCACCGGCCGGCCUGUCCGCCCGUUCCGCGGCGUCGAGCCGGGGGUUAACGGGGAGGAGGUCAAGUUCCACGAGCACGCGUUCUACUUCCUCGAGGGGGGCAGGAUCGUGA